AUGGACGACGCACCCGCGCCCAAGCUGUCGGAGCUGCUGCGGCACCCGGACGACCUCGACAAGAUCCCCGCGCUGAAGCUCGAGUUCACGCGCAAAAAGGGCGCCGUCGACGGCCAGCUGCGCAAUGGCCUUCGGGAGCAGCUCGAGACGACGCAGUCGGGCAUGACGGGCCUCAGCGACGGGCAGAAGACGGUGCAGAUGAUCAAGGAUGAGAUGAUGAGCAUCGACAGGCUGUGCUCCGAGUCCCAGACCAUGAUCAAGGACUUUGCCAGCAUCAACCUGGUGUCGCAGGCGCACCGCAACUUUGGCGCCGUCGAGGCCAUGCGCCGCAACCUCGAGACCUUCAACGACCGCCUGACCGUCGUCGAGGGCAUGCUGCGCCAGGACGACGACGACAAGGAGAACAUGCCCAACCUGCUGCCUUGUCACUACGAGCUGACGCAGCUGCGCAACAUCCGCGACGACGCCAUGGAGCAGAUCCAGCGCGCCGACGACCCCAGCCUCGAGUCCACCCUCGAGGACUACUUUGCCCGCCUCGACGACACCAUCGACUGGUUCGACGAGCACGUCGGCAUCCUCGCCAUGAACCUCAUCAACCUCGUCGUCAACGACAACAACGGCCUGGUGGUGCGCUUCGCCGUCGUCAUGGAGGCCGAGGAGCGCAGCGACCAGCGCGUGGCCGCCCUGCAGGAGGCCCUCAAGGACCACGAGGAGAUGGCGGUCCGCUUCCAGAGCAUCACCGACGGCGCCAAAAAGGUCCGCGGCUACAAGGACAAGUUCAUGCAGGCCAUCAAGCUCAGCGCCGAGCAGCAGUUUGACCAGGCCCGCGAGGAGUUUCUUGACGACGCCACGCAGCUCGAGAAGAUUAUGAAGUGGUACUUCAACGACCUCAACGCCGUCAAGAUCGGCAUGACGCCCCUCAUGCCCAAGAAGUGGCGGAUCGCAAAGACGUACGCCGACGUGUACCACCAGCUGAUGCACAACUUCCUCGUCGGCAUGGUGGACGACCCGCAGGGUAGCUCGGCUCACACGCUCGAGAUCGUCAGCUUCCCCGAAAAGUACUACAAGAAGAUGGCCAAGCUGGGCUUCCGCCAGGAGGACCUGGCGCCGCACGUCAUCGACAACCGCGAGGCCGAGCUGGUGCGCGACUUCCGGCAGCUCAUCAUCAAGUUCCUCGACGAGUGGAUCGACCGCAUCUUCGACCAGGAGAAGAAGGACUUUGCCGACCGCAACGUCGAGGGCUCCAACCUCGACCAGGACGAGUACGGCUACUUCCGCACCAAGAACCUGGUGGCCCUGUGGCGCAUGCUGCGCGAGCAGGUCGAGGCCGGCGCCGGCUCCAAGCGCACCGACGUGGUCGAGGGCGUCGUCGACGCCAUGUUCCUGCGCCUGCGCACCCGCCAGCAGGCGUGGCAGCGCCUCCUCGAGGACGAGGCCCUGCGCUACGAGAACCCAGGCAAGGGCGCCGCGGCGGCGGCGGGGGGCCCGGACAACCUCGAGGGGUUCCAGGCGCUGCAGGACUGGCUCGUCGCCACGGCCAACGACCAGAUCGCCUGCAUCGACGACAACGAGGAGGAGAACCGCCUCGGCUACCUGUCGAGCUUCCGGCAGAUGUUCGAGCCGCACGUCUCGCCGCAGUACCUCGAGCGCGCCGACCAGGAGGUGGCGGCCCUGCGCGACGGCUACGUCGACUUCAGCACCUGGUGCAUCACAAAGUUCGCGCAGCUCGUCUUCGCCGUCGACUUCAAGUCGGUCAUGCCCGACUUCUUCACCCCGCGCUGGUACCCCAACACGGCCAUGAAGCAGAUGGUGGUCACCUUUGAGGAGUACGUCAACGACUACCGCCAGGUGCUGCACCACUCCCUCGUCGACAUCUUCACCGAGAUCUUCGCCGACGAGCUGCUCGUCAACUACCUCUCCUCGGUGCGCAACAAGGGCGCCCGCUUCCGCCGCGCCGACCCCUUCCGCGACAAGCUCUUCAACGACAUCUCCACCGCCUUCGAGCUCUUCAACAACCUCCCCAACCCGGACGUCGGCCAGGCCAUCAAGCAGACCUGGCGCGUCACCGAGCCCUUCCUCCGCCUCCUCUCCGCCGACAAGGACGCCGUCGCCGACGAGUUCGAGGCCUUCAAGACGGCCUACUGGGAUUUGCAGAUCAGCUGGGUCGAGGCCGUCCUGCGCGCCAGGGACGACUUUGAGAGGGGCAUGCUCAACGCCGUCAAGGCCCGCGCCGCGCAGAUGGACGUGACGAGGGGGCCUGAGACCAUCAUGAGCAAGGUGAAAUGA